AUGUCUCGACAGUCAAAGAUUUCUAGGUCUUCUGGUAGCAAUUCCUUUAAUAACCCUUCUGCACCUGGUAUUCACAAUUUUCGUAUCGGGCUUUCUGAAUCCACAGAACGUCAGCAUAACCCUCUUCGGAUUCCCUUUUUGGAAUAUCGAAUUGCCGACUUAACAUUGCAGCUUUCUUCCGCUAUUCAGGAAAAUAAUAAUCUCCGUUCUCAAGUUGCCGCAUUACAAGAUCAAUUGGUAGCCGUUGUUUCUAUUUUAAAUAAUAUUGAAGAAUUUUCUAAUAAUGAUCAACCUUCUGUAAAUGAACAGUCGUCUUGA